AUGUCUGCCAGCGUUUCUGAGUCUGCCCUCUCCAAAUACCGCUACGAAGCUCUUUUCGGUGUGUGGCUUGCCGUCACAGGAGCCACGUUUCUCCGCAUCCGCCAGUAUCUUCAAAGGCACGAGCCUCAGCGCGUUGCUGAUUGGGAUCGGGAUUUCGCCGGCAAGACAGACGGCGAGACGCUUUACACCUGCACCGAACUGAGACGGACGCAAUGCUGCCAGCAUCAUCUCUGCCUUGACGUUCACAGCACUGGCCCCAAGCUUCACGCGUCGCAACGCGAUCUCUCCUCCAAGUUCACGCAGAAUCUUGGUUCUGAUCGCGUUGAAGUGCCCAUGCCCGCUUGUCAGGACUGGAACGCCUGGGGAAGGUUGUGGCUGGUGUGA